AUGGACGAGUUCAAGAAAAUACAGCAUGAUAUCAAUGAUGAGUCUGAUUUGCACUCUUUCGCGGUGGUGCUGUCGUGUUUGUUCGGUCUUUCGAUCUCUUUUUUCGGAUUUUCAUGCAGGAGAGCUAUUUCUGCAACUGGGUUUACUGUUCUUGGUAUAGUGAACAAGUUGUUGACAGUUAUGGUUAAUUUGGUGAUAUGGGAUAACCACUCAACGUGCGUUGGUACGUUGAUUUGUAUGCUUGGUGGGGUUUUGUAUCAGCAAUCAACAAGAAAACCGAAAGAAACAGUUCAAGAGAAUCACGUUGAUGUAGAAGCUAAGGGUUAG